ACGGCGAUCAAUAUCGACAGCUCAGGUCGAUCGUAACAAGUAUACCGCAAAGCCAAGAGAACAUAUAUAGAGUGGCCAGAACACCUUGCCAACCUUACCAACAUCCUUACCUCAGCACGACAAAUCAUCAAUGGCGCCCCUCCAGAUUGGCCUCCUUGGCGCCACAGGCGAGACAGGCAGCUCAAUCUUCAACGGACUCAUAUCCUCGCCUCAAGCAUCAGACUUCAACAUCACCGCCCUCGUCCGCCCCUCCUCCCUCUCCAAGCCCGCCAACCAAGCCCUUAAAUCCCACAAAAACGUCUCCCUCCGCGCCCUAGACCUCACAGCCUCCCACGAAGAACUCACCUCCUCUCUCCAAGGAAUCCAAAUCCUCAUCUCCGCCAUCGGCGCCCAGGACCAACUCUCCCAAAUCCAACUCGCAACCGCAGCCAAAGCCGCCGGAGUAAAACGUUUCAUCCCCUGCGCUUUCAUAACCGUAAUCCCCGCAGGCGGAAUCCACCUCCUCCGCGACCAAAAACAAGAAGUCUACAACCACAUCUUCCAGCUCGGCCUCUCCUACACAAUCAUCGACGUCGGCUGGUGGUACCAAAUCUCCCUCCCUCGCGUCCCAUCCGGAAAAUUGGACGCAGUAGCCAGUAUCGUUACCACAGAAAUCGCCGGCGAUGGAAAUGUCCUAAGCGGUCUGACCGAUCUUCGAGAUAUCGGAAAAUACGUCGCUCGAAUUGUCCAGGAUGAACGGACAGUGAACAAAUGGGUUUUUGUCUACAACGAACUCUGGAGCCAGAAUGCCGUGUACGAUCUCGUGGAGAAGAGACUUGGCGAGAAAAUCGACAGGACGUAUCUUUCGGAGAAGGAUCUGCUGGCACGAAUCGAGAGUCCGGGCGAAGGUCCGAACGCACUUUUUGUCAAAGUUCCAGCGCAGUAUAUGCGAUCGUGGGGGAUCCGAGGGGAUAAUACGCCGGAAUAUGCGAAGUAUUUGGGAUAUGUGACUAGUAAGGAGUUGUAUCCGGAUUUGGAGUUUACGUCGUUCGAGAAGUACCUGGAGGAUGCGUUGGAGGGCAAGAUCAAGCCUGUGUACGAAGAGCUUCGGGCGCAGUUUGAGGCUUCGAAGAAGGAGGCAUAGCUGUAGUGUGAGAAUAGGCUAGUCUGUAGUCAGCACCAAACUUGAGAAGCAAUACUCACGAGAUAGGAUUUAUCCAAGACGAAGUGUUUCCUGAAUGAAGAUUCCGCAAUGU